AUGGCCUCCUCGUCGACCUUCGCGAAGGCCAAGACUUACGGAAAGCGCGUCAUCGGUCGGCCUGAAGACCCUGUCCCCGUGGUCACAGUCAAGGAUUGGGUCCGCAACAUAUCUCAAAACCCAGCGCGUGAUGCUCUCAGAUAUGUGGAGUCGCUCUUCCCCAUCUUAGGAUGGAUCACCCGAUACAACUUCGGGUGGCUUUACGGCGAUGUUGUCGCCGGUCUCACUGUAGGCAUGGUCGUCGUGCCUCAGAGCAUGUCCUAUGCUCAGAUUGCAACUCUUCCCACACAAUACGGCCUUUACUCUGCCUUCGUGGGUGUACUGAUCUACUGCUUGUUCGCUACGUCCAAGGAUGUUUCGAUCGGUCCGGUUGCGGUCAUGUCGCUCACGGUAUCUCGUAUCAUCGCGCAUGUCAACGAGCACCACCCAGGUGUGUGGUCCGGCCCACAGAUUGCCACCACGACCGCCUUCAUUUGCGGUUUCAUUGUGCUGGGGAUCGGUAUCCUACGCCUUGGUUGGCUGGUGGAGUUCAUCCCCCUCCCCGCCGUCAGCGGCUUCAUGACGGGCUCGGCAAUCAACAUUGUAGCAGGUCAAGUUCCUGGUCUGCUUGGGGAGACUGGUUUUGACACUCGUGCGGCGACGUACAAGGUCAUUAUCAACAGUCUUAAGUUCUUACCAGUGACGAAGCUUGACGCCGCAUUCGGUAUCACUGGUCUCGUCUGCCUAUACCUCAUGAAAUGGAGCUGCGAUUACUUUGGGGCCCGCUACCCUCGCAGGCAGCGAUUGUUCUUCUUCAUUUCGGUGUUCCGGAAUGCCUUUGUGGUCGUCGUCCUGACGAUUGCAUCUUGGCUGUACUGCAGACAUCGCAAGAACAAGGCCGGCAAAUAUCCCAUCAAGAUCUUGCAGAAAGUUCCCCGCGGCUUCCAGCAUGUCGGCCCCCCCGUCAUCGACCCGGAUCUCCUCUCAGCUAUGGCCAGUGAGAUUCCAGUAGCGACCAUCAUCUUGUUGCUGGAACAUAUUGCCAUCUCGAAGUCUUUCGGUCGAUUGAACGGAUACAAGAUUAACCCCAACCAGGAGCUGAUCGCCAUUGGUGUUACUAACACUAUUGGCACGGUCUUCGGUGCUUACCCCGCUACUGGGUCGUUCUCGCGUUCGGCCCUCAAAUCGAAGUCUGGUGUGCGUACCCCUGCCGCGGGUAUCCUGACAGCCAUCGUCGUCGUCGUCGCCCUCUACGGUUUGACUCCCGCCUUCUUCUGGAUUCCCUCCGCCGGUCUCUCCGCCGUCAUUAUCCACGCCGUCGCGGACUUGGUUGCGACUCCCAAGCAGGUUUACUCGUUCUGGCGCGUCUCUCCGAUCGAGUUCGUCAUCUGGGCGGCCGCGGUUCUUGUCACCGUCUUCUCGACCAUCGAGAACGGUAUCUACACGUCCAUCUGCGCGUCUGCCGCCCUCCUCCUAGUCCGCAUUGCGCGCCCUCGCGGAUACUUCCUCGGUAAAGUUACCCUCCAUGAGGACCAGAACUCCUCCGAAGUUCGUGACGUGUACGUGCCUCUCCAGGAGCGGCCCGGCGUUCUGGCGCCAGUCAAGGUCGUCCCUCCGCCGCCCGGAGUCAUUGUGUACCGUUUCGAGGAGAGCGUGCUCUACCCGAACCAGUCCCUGCUUAACGACGCCCUUGUCGACCACGUCAAGAAGCACACGCGCCGCGGCAUUGACGUGAGCCAGAUUAGGAUGAGCGACAGGCCGUGGAACGAUCCUGGUCCGAAGCCUGGCCAGGACGAAACCGCGGAGAACCUCGCGAAGCCGCUUCUUCACGCGAUCGUGCUCGACUUCUCUGGAGUGUCGCAUAUUGACACCACUGGUAUUCAAUCUCUCAUCGACACCAGAAACGAGGUGGAGAGGUGGGCGGACAAGCCUGUCGAGUUCCACUUCGCUACCAUUCUCUCGCCUUGGAUCCGCCGAGCAUUGAUCGCGGGCGGUUUCGGGAUCGGCACGCCUUCGUCCCGGGUGCCCAUCGAGAUCGCCCCUGUGGUGCCCUACCGCGGAGGCCGCACAGAAUUCAGCGAACGUCAUAAAGCUCCCGAUCUGGAGGCGAUUGAGGAGACCACGAAGGAAACAGAGUCGCCGAUCGUGCCGCAAGACACGCCCUUCUUCCACUUCGACCUCACCGCUGCGGUGCGUGCUGCGGAGGCGGGUCUCGGACAGUCGUCGAACAGGUCAGACCGGUCUAGCUGGUCGAAGUCUCCAGAGGGGAAGACGGAUGUCGUGGAGUGA